AUGAUAUACCCGCUCGCGACCAACAUCAGACAGUACCUCCGGGAGCAUCACAGACCUGAAGCAAAGGCAAGCAGCACCGCUGCCGCCGCCUCAGCAUACGAAUAUGCUAUGAGGGAGACCGUGUGGCAAACCUUGGCGAAGAACGCGGACUGGAAGAAAGGAUUCAAAGAUAGCAUGACCGGUCGCAACAAGACCCUCUCCAUCCCGUGCCACUUGAGAUAUCCGGUCCAGGACAAGCUGUCCGCGGCGGACAAGCCUCUCGUUGUAGUUGACAUCGGUGGUAAUCAAGGCGUCGACCUUCAGCGUUUCACGUAG